CCAUCCGCCGCUUGGGGGCGCUAUGUGUCCUGUCAUGUUUUGUUUGAAGAGAGAAGAAGUGAGCAGAUUUACUCGCAAGAUGCUGAUGAGGAAAUGACAACUAUAUGUGUCGGCCAUGACGCUGAGCCGCAGCACCCUGGCCGUCGCCCUCCUGCUGCUGCAGUUGCGAGGGGCGGCGAGCUCGCUGGACGAGGAGGACGGCGUGCCCGAGGAGUGGCUCCUGCUGCACGUGGUCCAGGGCCACGUGGGGGCGGGGAACUACAGCUACCUGCGGCUCAACCACGACGGCGCCGUGGCGCUGCACAUGCGCAGCCUGACCGGCGACGCCGACCUGUACGUGUCGGACCAGACGCUGCGGCCCACCUUCGACGCCUACACGCUGCAGUCGGCCACCUGCGGCCGCGACCUGGUGCUGGUGCCCGCCCACUUUGCGCGGCCCGUGGGCAUCGCCGUCUACGGGCACCCGUCUCACCGGGAGAGCGAGUUCGAGAUGAGGGUCUUCUACGACCAGACGCCGGCGGCGGACCCCUUUGACUCGGAGGGCACGCGCAAACUGAAGAAACCCGCCGAGCCGUCCGGCGAGGACUUGGAGGAAGACGAGUCCAUAUUCUGGACCGUUCUGAUCGGACUGUUGAAGAUCAUCCUGGAAAUGUUGUUUUAAAGAAACCACUUCUUGUGGACCACAAGAACAGGAACAAGCCGCUCGUCUUCAUCUUAUUAUUAUUCUCUUGAUGCUGCGAUCUCACCAGGCGGCCGUUGCCAUGACAACCGACACUUCCUCACUCUGCUCGAUGUGGUCGACAUAACGCCGCCGUCCUACAGCGGCUUCCUCAAACGUGACGAAGACGAGCGGGUUGUUACUUCCUGGUGUCACUUCUUCUUUGUCCCAAGUAGCGAUUAGCGCGCUAGCACCGAGGUGGAGCGUUCCAACAGUGCCUUCACUUCUUCCAUUUCCUGCUGGAUUGAAGGAUGUUUCUUACAACAAUAAAAGACUUUUGAAGUGAGUCCUGCUCACUCCUUUUAUUGUGGAGAGAAA